UCAUGGAAAUCAACACGUUUUUGGCGUCUGCUGCUGGUUCGGUGCUUGGAGAUGCGACCAUGAUGAAUACAGAUUACAGGCACCUGGAAAGUUGUGAGAUCGCGAUUGGAUAGCGCAGAUAUUAAAUCACGUAUGGAGAAAUCCAGGUUUGGUUUGAGAUAGCCGAGACGGAAAGCCUGAAAAGGGGCUCUGUGUGUGUUAUUAGUGGGGCUUGCGGACAGGUCGAGGGGGAUUUUCGCGGAGCGUCAUUUUGGUUUCCUUAUUUUUGAUUGUACUUGUGUGGAUGCACCUGUUUAAAUAGGUCACCGUGUAGGUUGGAUUUUGGCAGAGAUGCAUCAAAAUGCAGUCCGACUUUCAUGCGGUAGCGACCUAAGACAGGUGAAAUUUAGGGGGCCAGUACCCUUUUCGCUGCAUCUCAGCGCGUCAUUUUUCUAAGGCUGUCAUUGAGCGAAAGCAUCGCUUUCAGCUUCCAGACACGUCUUAUUUCGGUCUGUGGUAUAUGCGGGCGCCAUGUGGACGAACCGGCUGCGAUCACAUUAUAUGCCAUCGCUUUGUAAACUGCCAUUUUGAACAUACGUUUACUGUCCAGAUAUAUAGCAUAUUCCCAGUGUUUUUUGGGUUUUGCUGAGGCACAGAGCAGUCAUACCACCUUAGCGGGGGGGGAUCCCGUGGAUUCUGAAUCCGAUGAGAGCUUUCCACUGCAACCUUAGGCAGAAUGGCAUAGACCACCAGGUGUGCACAGAGGAAGUGACCUCACACCUGGAGGAAGAGUCUGUGCUUCAGAAUCCAGGCCUGAAUGACCGGAGUCCCGGCUUCCACGACCCGAGGGGGAGUCCCCGACAUCAGCAGAUGUCCGAAACUGAUGGCACUAAGCCAGGAACUGUGAAGCUGACCAAACCGGUGGCCCUCUGGACCCAGCAGGACGUAUGCAAGUGGCUGAAAAAGCACUGUCCGCACCAGUAUCAGAUCUACAGCGACUCCUUCAAGCAGCACGACAUCACAGGCCGGGCUCUCAUGCGCCUGACAGAUAAGAAACUGGAGCGCAUGGGCAUCAUGCAGGAGGGCCAGCGCCAGUGCAUCCUGCAGCAGGUGCUGCAGCUACGCGUGCGGGAGGAGGUGCGCAACCUCCAGCUUCUCACGCAAGCUUCUUUGGAGAGCUCCCCUUAGCCUGACGUCCCAGGGAGCCUCGCCUGCCACCGUGCCACCCUCCCCUCCCACGCCGCCUCCUCCUCCCACCACCCCGGGGCUCCCAGAAUGCCCUCCUCCGGACGGAACACUGCACAGGCUUCCACCCCUUUCACUAAAAUUAACGAAAUGGACAAAAAGAAAGCACCCCCCCCCUCCCGACACAUAUGUGUAUGCGAUACACUCCACUCUCUGUCCACUCCCCAGAAGUAGCACCUCCUUGUCUUAUACACGCACCCAGACAGCAGCAUUGAAUAGGUGUGCUUUCAGCCUGGUAUUGUGUGGGGUGAACCAUUCAGCGAUGGUGGGAGGGGGAGGCUGGCAGCAUAUCAGCUAUAUUAGCCUUGUUUCUGAGGCAGCACCCUCCCCCCCCCAUUCUGCCCAAAAGCAAGAUGGUUCAGUCUGAAGAAUGACCCUUGGCCAGUGUCUCUUGACUGCCCAUUUUAUCUCUUGCCUGCUGUGUGUGAUUCCUAACUAAGAGGAGUAACAGAACCCCAGUUCCUGCUAGAAACUUUCACUGUGACUCUGACCAGCUGUCUUAAAGAGACUCAUACUCCGCUUAGUCGCUGCUAGCAGUGUUGUGUCGCCCGGUGUGAGAUGUAUAGGGCUCACCUGGCUCGGCUGAGCAGAAGAUCGAAAACCUCUCCUUGGGUCACCAUGCACAGCCCGCUAUACUCGAAACCUGCAGCUUCUGUCUGUCUUUAGCUAUGAAAUAUGUAGGAAGCAAGCAUCAACUGCGUGAAAAGCUGAAAUAGGGUAACCUCUCCAUGGACGAGUAUUAUCACCUGUCAUUAUUUUGUCCGAUGGAUUCUUCGCUAAGUGUUGCUGUUUUGUGAAAUCGGCUGUACGCUGUAGAUAAUUGGGAAGUUAGUGUGGACGCCACACACCAUCGUCCAUGCCUUUAACCCUCCCGGAAGACCCCAGGGGAUCGCCGUAAUGGGGGCGAGACUGACUGUGUCAGCUCGGCAGAUUGGGGGGGGGGGGGUUAUUUUAGCACUUUAUGCUUUGUUUUCUGGGCCCUCUGGGGAUAUUGAACCAAAUGGAAACUCGGAGGAUUUUCAUUUUAAAAACACUGAGCAGGGGAUGAAAUCGGGGAGAUUGGGGUGGGGGGGGGGGAGGGGGGGUGUGUGGAAAUGCAUUCUGCUCCCCGAUAUGCAUUUAACUUCCUUUUUCAUGGUCAGUGGGUUUCGUGUGUCCCGGAAGGGGGUAUGUAGGAUCUACUUAGGACACCUUGGGAUAUUGAAUCCAGGUGUUUUUAAAUUCAACUCCCAGAAUAGAUUGUAAUGGGGACACCCCUCUGUAAAUGUCUUCUCAGAUAUAUAAAGUAGCUAUCAGCUUUAUGAGGUUUUAGUAGGAAAUCUGCAAUGACACCCAUUCACCACUAACAUUCUUACCUAAGACGUGUUGCGGUAUUUUGUUGCCAAGGUGACGCUUACCAUGGAAUUCCCCGAUGAGACUCAUAUCAUGUGACUAUUAUACUGUUCAGUCCAGGCUUCAUUCAAAUAGUAUUAUGCUGAUCUUAGGCCUGUUAUUAAAAGGAGCGAAAUGGAUCAAGACUCACAUGGUCGGAAUGGACAUUUUUCUUAUUUUAACCACCUUUCUUCUGUUUUUAAAAGCCAGGAAAAUUAUGUUUUUAUUGAAGUCUCUGUUGACGAGGUCUGGUAGCGCGAGCUUUGACUUCCGGCUCUGACCGUGUCGCCUCACCGAAGGGGCUGAACACGGGACUAUGUUUAGCACUUUUCACACUCACGGUUCACUGUCACUGAGGGGGAGGGGGGCCUCAAAGACCCCUCCCCCUCUCUCACAAUCAUUCUGCUCUCCGGUAUGGACAUAUCACUCAUCACCGAUCGAAUUAAAAACGCGUAUUCCUGUCGCAAUAGACACAACAGCAUGGUUUCUGUUAAUUCCUCGUGUUUUAUACGGCACAGGCAUGUGAAAAUGGGUUUCCUGCAAGCCCAGAGACUCGUAGUCUGUAUCCAGGAAGGGUGCCUGGUCAUGGAUCGUUACUGUGAACCUGUGAUUACUAAUGAUAAUAAAGGAAAAUUAUAAUAAAAUCGUAAUACACUAAA